CACAAUUAUAGUGUCAAAGGCUAUAAUUACACUUUUACACUUUUACAUUCAUAGGUUUCUGCCCAGCCCAAGCCUCAGGUUUCUGGCCAGCAAGAUGCUUCUACCCAGCUUCAGGCUUCUGUCCAUCUCCAGGCUUCUGUCCAUCUCCAGGCUUCUGCCCAUCUCCAGGCUUCUGCCCAUUCCCAGGCUUCUGCCCAUUCCCAAUCUUCUGCCCAUUCCCAAUCUUCUGCCCAUUCCCAGGCUUCUGCCCAUUCGCAGGCUUCUGCCCAUUCUCAGGCUUCUGCCUAUUCACAGGCUUCUGCCCAUCUCCAGGCUUCUGCCCAUCUCCAGGCUUCUGCCCAUCUCCAGGAUCUGUCCAUCUCCAGGCUUCUGCCCAUUCAAAGGGGUCUGCCCUGCCACAGGCUUCUGCCCUGCCACAGACUUCUGCCCAUUCACAGGCUUUUGCCCAUUCGCAGGUUUCUGCCCGUUUACAGGCUUCUGCCUAUUCACAGGCUUCUGCCCAUGCACAGCCUUCUGCCCAUUCAAAGGCCCAGCCCCAGGCUUCUGCCCUUUCACAGGCUUUUGACCAUUCACAGGCCUCUGCCUAUCUCCCAGCUUCUGCCUGUUCACAGGCUUUUGCCCAUUCGCAGGUUUCUGCCCGUUUACAUGCUUCUGACUAUGCACAUGCUUCUGACCUGCCACAGGCUUCUGCCUAUUCACAGGCUUCUGCCCAUGCACAGCCUUCUGCCCAUUCAAAGGCCCUGCCACAGGCUUUUGCCCACUCACAGGCUUCUGCCCAGCCUCAGGUUUCUGCCCAUUUAGUGGCUUCUGCCCAGACAAAGGCUUAAACUCCAUUCAAAGGCUUCUGCCCAGGCACCAGCUCGGCUACUGAUGUAUUUAUUUACACUGCCUAAAACUUUGCUCUUGCUUAAAAAUUUUACACUGAAAAACAUUCAAAUUAGAAAAUAAAGAGCUACAAAGUCAUUUGUCAUAACAUAUUUUCUCAUGUUAACCCUAGAAUUGUCAUGAAAACCUAAUGUCACCAAAGAUUUGUCAGUAGACAUCAAAGUAACAUUUAUGAGAGUUAAUGCCUUUUGGAAUAUUUAUAAAAUGUCUAUGUAUGUUUUUGUCAGUUGUCAUAAAGUACUUGUGUCUGUGUCAUGGCCUUAUUAAAAGUGCCCUUGGUACAGUUUUCUAGCUGAUUAUACUAAAUCUAAGACAUUACAUAAUGUUACAUAAUGUUGCAGUAUAUGGCACAUAUAGAACUUUACGUUAUUUGUCAUUAGUAAAAACAUUUGUGUCAAAAAUUCAUAGCUCUAGCUUCUAGACACUUUUCCUAUAAAACCAGUGUUUCACUUUGUUCUGUGUAUGUUCUAUGCAUCUAUAAUUCUGUUUGAUACAUUUUUUUGGGUUAAUUUUCUGUAAUGUCUUA